AUAUGAACACAAUACUGAAAUUGUGUGAGUGAGCUGAACGUGAACAUUCUUGACAGAUAAAAUAUCUGCCGGCAGCUCAGAGUAUAGUAAAGCAUCGAUGUGAGAGUUUGUGAAUUCAGAUUGUUUGACGGGAAGCGAUUGGAAAAAAACUGAAUUCUUUAAAAAUGGUAGAAACUGGCUCUUCCGUUACAUAUUCGCCUCCACAAUGGCUUGACAAGAAAUUUUUAGAUGAACAUCUGCAGAAAUAUCACCAAAACAUGGAAAUUCAAGUUAUAAAUUUUGAUGUGAAACCAGCCGUUGGAAAAGGUGAAAAUUACUUUAGUUGCAUCCAUCGAGUGAAUGUUACCUUCAUUUCAUCGGGAAAUAACGCGACAAAGAAGGGAGAUACAACAAACAUUAGCUUAAUUGUAAAAGAAGAGUCCACAGAUGAAUGGUUAGUGCAGACUUCUGCUCAAUUUCAUAUUUUUGAUAAAGAAACUGAGUUUUAUCGUGAAAUAUCGUCGAAAAUCAACAAAAUAUUGAACGAACUGGGUGAAGAAAAACUUUUUGCCGAAUUGAUUGGAGUGUGUAAAUUGAAGAAAAUUAUGAUUCUCGAAGAUUUAUCGGCUGACGGAUAUCGUAUUUUGCCCGUGAAAGAUGGAUUUAAUUUUGAAGAAACGAAAGCGCUUCUGAAACGGAUCGCAACGUUCCAUGCCACUUGUGCAGUAUUGCAAGAAGAGAAAUCGGACAUUUUUGUCACAUUCAAAUACGGUCACAUAAGCCGUGGAGCUGACGCAUUCAAAGAUUAUUACCCAUUGACUCUAGACGCAGUGAUCGAGAUCAUUUCAGAAUGGCCUGAUUUUGCUGUGUAUGUCGAAAAACUGCGUCGGCUUCGUAAUAGAAUUUAUGAACUAGGUUGUCAAGCGUACGAUUUAAAUUUGAAUCAUUUCAAUACACUUAAUCAUGAUGAUCUCUGGGGACCGAAUUUCAUGAUUAAAACUCGUGAUGGAUCGCCAGAGAAACCGUUCGAAAAUGUUAAAUUGAUCGACUUUCAAUUUGCUUAUUGGUCAUCACCAACCACUGAUUUGUUUUACUUUCUCAACUCUUCGGUGAACGAAGCUUUACGUCCAGAACGAUUCGAUGAAUUAGUUCAAUUUUACCAUGAGCAAUUGGUGGAUUUCCUCAAACGAUUGAAUUACAAGAAACGCAUACCGACGUGGCCAGAAUUUCAAGAGCAAUAUUACGAGAGACGGAUUUUAGGCUUCAUAUCAUCAUGCUUGAUACAGCCGUUCAUGCUCAAUAACACAGAGGAAGCAACUUUCGAUAUUAUUCUUCAAGACAAUGACAUUGGAUUGAAAGCCAGACGUGGCUUUUAUAAAGGCGAUAAAUUUCAGGAAAAUCUUCGAAAACUCAUUCCAUUUUACGACCAACUCGGCACUUUUGAUUGAAUUUAUGAUUUAACCAAUACGCACUGUUCAGUGAAACUUGAAGAAAAACUCAACCAUGAUGUCAUUCAAUGGACAAUUCAAAAAUCUAAAAUUACGAAAUCAAGUGAAAACCAACUGAAAGUGUAUUUUAUUUUUAGAACUCCAAACAGUAGAAGAGGCUCUUCUAAAGAGCUACCUCUAGUUAGUUGAUUGAUCAAUAGCUAAUUUGUGUUUGAUUUAAUAACAGUUACUACGGAAAUAGAUUCAAGGCAAGGUCGUGUUACUUCAAUCCAUUCGAUAAAGCAAUAUAGUGAUGAACUAUAUUUUAUCAAAAAAAAAUAAAAGAUAUAAAAGAUUGUACUAAUCAACUAAAGUUGAUAACGUUAAGCGUCAAGUGUGUUUUUGAUUCAAUGUAAUGAUAAAAGAUAAGAAUACGUGUUCAUGAGCGUGUCGUUCAUUUCAAUCACGAAAAAUUACUAAACUACUGACUUUGUGAUUCGAUUAAGACGUCCAACAGGAACACAUGCUUAGUACCUUGCACAUCUUGUAUAGACGACGAUUCCACACCAAGCGGGACAAAAUUUAGAUUUCACCUCUUCGAUUUCGCUCAAACAACAGUUGCAGCAACUUUAGAUUGAUAGAUUUAAGUUAAAUUCAUUCGCUUGUUCCAUUUUACUUUUCCGCAAACUUUGUUUGUUAGGUAAAGUAUUUGGAGUAUGUUUGAAUUAUACAAGUCAAGAAAAGAACCCAUAUCACAUCCAUGAUAUUAUGAUUCAUCUAAUUUGUAUAUUAAAGCCUUUUAAUGUUAUCAGAACACGUUAUCUUAUUCAGAGUCUGUUGUUGCAAUUCUGCUCUAUGAAAAAAAAUGAUUUUUG